CAUUGUAGCCAAUCAGCACAGAGCGUGCAUGUUUUGGAUUUUGCGAGAGCGCAUUCAUGUUUUCUGCAAAAAGCUCCAACCAGGAUUCUGUCGGAAAAGAAAAGGCAUUUAUCUAAAUGUUAAAGAGGCUAUACAUAUUUGAACUCACUGGAGGAAUUGCAGUGUAAACGGAUCAUAUUUCUAACUGGAACACAUCAGCUUGCAGAUAUGCCUUUUUCAAGGGGUAAGAAACCAGUUGCAAUCAGCAAGAUUCCCAAAAUCCACUCGAAAGCAACAGAGAAUCAGGAGGUGACUCAGGUCAAAAGGUCUUCCUCUCCACCGAAGGGUGCACCUAAGAAGAGAACAGCCUUCAUUGACAUAACCAAUGCCUUCUCUCAGUGUCUGUCCGAUACUCAUAUCGAUGAAGAUGAUGAGGUAGUCCAACGAGCACACAAGAUCCACAACAGCAUCAUUGGCAUCAAAAAGAAGGAUGCUACCAAAAAGGCACAGGCAAAGCAGUCCUUGUCGGAAAGAAAUCAAGCCAACUUGAAAAAGACCCUGUCGGUGAGCUCCGAGGGCCAUUUAGAGGAGAUAAAGCAGGAGGUAAAACAAGAAAUUAAGCAGGAAAUAAAACCAGAGCUAGAACAAGAGACAAAACAGGAGGUAAAGCAGGAAAAGCCGCUGGCUGUGGAACCAGUGACCGAGCCUGCGUCCAGUGAUGUCCCUCCAAGAUCACCGCUUCAGCCUUCAGAGGUAAAACCUGAGAAAGAAGAACCAGUGGAAGAGUCCUUUAUCAAAGAACCAAAGCCCGCUCAUCUGCUCCCUCCAGAGGUGCCUCCUGAGUUUGACAUAGAUUCUGCAAACCAAGAUGACUGCACGCUGGCACCAGAGUACGCCAAAGAAAUUUUCGACUACCUCAAGAAAAGAGAGGAAAAAUUUGUCCUUGAUGAUUAUUUGCCCGUGCAGCCAAGCAUAACUGAAAACAUCAGGGCCAUUCUCGUGGACUGGAUGGUGGAGGUCCAGGAGAAUUUUGAGCUGAACCACGAGACGCUCUACCUGGCGGUGAAGCUGACGGAUCACUACCUGGCGGCCGCACCCUGCACUAGGGACCUGCUGCAGCUGAUAGGCUCCACUGCCAUGCUGAUUGCCGCCAAAUUCGAGGAGCGAUGCCCGCCGUGUGUCGAUGACUUCCUGUACAUCUGUGACGACGCCUACAAGCGCCCUCAGCUUAUCGCCAUGGAGGCCAACAUCCUGAAGGCACUCGACUUUGACAUCAACAUCCCCAUCUCAUACCGCUUUCUCCGCCGCUUCGCCAAGUGUGUGGGGGCUAACAUGGAGACGUUGACGCUGGCACGGUUCGUGUGUGAGCUGAGCCUGCAGGAGAUGAGCUUUGUGAGUGUGAGAGGCUCCAUCCUGGCCUGCGCAUGCCUGCUCAUCGCCCUGGUGACCAAGGACAUCUGCGGAUGGAGCCCCAUCCUGGUGUUCCACUCUGGGUACAGCGUGGAGGAGGUGGCCCCGGUCGUGAGGAAGCUCCACGCCAUGCUCAAGGGCCAGAGCGACAACAAGUUAGAGGCCGUCCGCAGCAAAUACUCCCACCAAGUGUUCUUUGAGGUUGCAAAAAUGCCACUUGUGAGUUUGGAGAAGCUGGAGCAGUUCCUGCAGUGAUGCGGUGACUCCCCCAUUCCAAUGCUACAGGAGAGGACUUGUGGAUCACACCCCAGCUUUGUAAAAUAAAUAAAACUCUAUUUAUAAUGUAUAUUGAAGCCAUUUUAAAAUAAAAAAAGCUUUUUUUUGUAUAUGUCUUGUGCUGAUGUUGAUAUGCAUUUGUUUUGUUUUUUUGUGGUUCAGAAUACUAAAUCCUAGUAAGCUUGUAGGACGUGGAAAAAAUUGUUACAGUGAGCUAUUUUUAAAAGAUACUAGUGUGAUGGAAAGUUGCUGUAAUUAUUCUAAUAAUUCUCAAAUGGUCGUUUCAAAUAAUAUAAUGUUCCUUGUGUUCUGUUUUGUCUUUUUAUAUGUUGUACAGUUGAUCAUGUUCACUCUAGUGUGAAAAUUGUCCUGUUCGAGAAAUAAACCAUUUUUUUUAUGCAUGUUUUAAAA